CGCCAUGUUCCGCGGCAAGGAAUUCCUCAUCGCCGUCCCCCAGAACAGCGAGGAAGCCAUUCGCCCCGACCUCCUCCUCCUCCUCACCUCCUACGCCGACGCCACCCAAGUCACCAUCGCCGCCUCCGACGGCAUCUUCCACGAAACCCUCACCCUCCGAAACGACCAAACCUCUUCCGUUUCCAUCCCCGGCUCUUUGGAACUGAUCAACAAGAGGAUCUCCCAAAAGAGCCUUUGGGUGACGUCCACCAAGGACGUUUCCGUCGUCGUCACCAGCUCCAAAAGCUACACCGUCGGCGCCACCGCCGUGCUGCCCGCGUCCAUGCUGGGCAAGGAAUAUUACGUGGUGACACCCGACGACGUGGCCAAAACGGGGUUGACAGAAUUCGCCGUGGUGGCCUGGAAAGAACCGUCAAACGUUUCCAUCAAAAUCAAAGGCAAGAUUUAUUUCCGAGGGAGGAUCUACAGAUCCGGCUCCGUCCUUUCCGUCCUUUUGAGUCCGUAUCAAAGCUUGCAGCUCCAAAGCGAGAACGACCUGUCGGGGACCAAAGUGACAUCAGACCACCCCGUCGCCGUCCUCGCUGGUCACACUUGCAUGAAGGUGCGCAGCGGUUGCGACUACGUGGUGGAGCAGCUCCUCCCCGUCAGCGCGUGGGGGAAGGCCUACGUCGUGCCCCCCAACCCCUUGCAGAAAGCCCACGAUUUCAUCUACGUCGUGGCAUCCAAGGCCGCUUCCGUCUCCUUCCACGACGGCAGCACGGCUUCCACGAAGGAAAUGGAGGCCGGCGAAGUGAAAGCCUUUAAAACAAAGCCGAAUUCUCCGUUCUACGUGAAUUCUUCGGCGGCCAUUCAGGUGGUUUUCUUCUUCACCGGCUCCAGGGCGUAUUUCGUUUGGCAAGACCCCUUCCUCCUUACCAUCCCCCCCAUCUCAUCCUACUGCGCGUCCUAUCGGUUCUCCGGCCUGAGCUCUUAUUACAACUACGUCCUCCUCACGGCCAAGAAUUCCGACACCGACGCCGUCGUCGCUCAACGGAAAGUGACGAACGGGGAAUGGAAGGAAAUCCCUGGCACGGAAUUCUCCUGGUCCAUGCACAUCCUGAGCGAUUCGGAUGGCAGCUGGAGCUCCGUGCGAGAGGACGCGACUUUUGGGCUGCUGGGAUUUGGCUUUCGGAAUUACGAGGGUUAUGGUUUCGCCGGUCUGUGCGCCACAC